GACGGGACGGGUUUUCGGCGGGGCGGAGCCGCCAUCUUGAAUUGCGCUUCCGUGCAGCCUGCAAGAGAGCCAGCGGCGAUUGGCGGCCAGGGGCGCCCUUCCUUUCCCAUGGAUACCAUGACAAGCCCUGAAAAAGAACACUGCAGAAUGAAAAGUUACAAAAAUAAUGCUCUCAAUCCCCAAGAGAUGCGGCGGCGAAGAGAAGAGGAAGGUAUUCAGCUUCGGAAACAAAAGAGAGAAGAACAAUUAUUCAAACGCAGAAAUGUGUCUCUACUGGGAAAUGAUGAGUCAAUGCAAGAAAGUCCCAUUCAGGAUCCUGAUGUCAGUUCUACUGUACCUAUACCUGAGGAAGACGUAAUUACUUGUGAUAUGGUGCAGAUGGUUUUCUCGGAGGAUCCAGACCAACAGCUUGCAGCAACCCAGAGGUUUAGAAAACUACUUUCUAAAGAACCGAAUCCUCCAAUAGAUGAAGUCAUACAAAAACAAGGGGUUGUGCAGAGAUUUGUGAAAUUUCUGGAAAGAAAUGAUAACUGCACUCUUCAGUUUGAAGCUGCCUGGGCUCUUACAAAUAUAGCAUCUGGAACAUUCCUCCACACCAAAGUAGUGAUUGAAACUGGAGCUGUCCCGAUUUUUAUUAAAUUGUUGAAUUCUGAACAUGAAGAUGUCCAGGAGCAGGCAGUGUGGGCUCUUGGUAAUAUUGCUGGAGACAAUGCAGAAUGCAGAGAUUAUGUGUUAAGCUGCGGAAUACUUCCCCCACUCUUACAACUUCUGACAUACUCUAACAGACUUACAACAACUAGGAAUGCAGUAUGGGCCCUUUCCAAUCUCUGCAGAGGCAAAAAUCCGCCUCCAGAUUUUAGUAAGGUUCGACCUUGCUUAGGUGUUCUGUCAAGACUGUUGUUUAGCAGUGACCCAGAUGUAUUAGCAGAUGCUUGCUGGGCCCUCUCUUACCUUUCAGAUGGACCUAAUGAUAAAAUCCAAGCAGUUAUUGAUUCUGGAGUCUGCCGAAGAUUAGUUGAACUUCUGAUGCACAAUGACUACAAGGUGGUAUCUCCUGCAUUAAGAGCAGUUGGAAAUAUCGUAACUGGUGAUGACAUCCAAACACAAGUAAUUCUAAAUUGCUCUGCAUUACCCUGUCUCUUACAUUUGCUGAGUAGUCCCAAGGAAUCUAUUCGGAAAGAAGCAUGCUGGACAGUUUCUAAUAUUACUGCAGGAAACCGAGCUCAGAUCCAGGCUGUCAUAGAUGCAAAUAUAUUUCCAGUGCUGAUUGAAAUUCUUCAGAAAGCUGAAUUUCGUACCAUCAAGGAAGCAGCCUGGGCCAUCACUAAUGCAACAUCAGGAGGUACUCCUGAACAGAUCAGCUACCUGGUGGCAUUAGGUUGUACCAAACCUCUCUGUGAUCUCCUGACUGUGAUGGAUUCCAAAAUAGUCCAGGUAGCUUUGAAUGGACUUGAAAAUAUUCUGCGACAUGGAGAACAAGAAUCUAAGCAAAGUGGAAUUGGAGUUAAUCCUUAUUGUGCCCGUAUAGAAGAGGCAUAUGGACUAGAUAAAAUUGAAAUUCUUCAGAGUCAUGAAAACCAGGAGAUCUACCAAAAAGCAUUUGAUCUUAUUGAACAUUACUUUGGUGUGGAAGAGGAAGAUGCUAAUAUUGUUCCACAAGUGGAUGAAAAUGAGCAGCAAUUUCUGUUUCAGCAGCAGGAAGCUCCAAUGGAGGGAUUUCAGUUGUAAUUGUUAAAAUGAAUACAAAUUCUGUAGCUCCUCAUACAGACUUCUGCUUCCUGGCCAGCAUCAAGGAAGACACGAAUGUUUCUGCUAAAGACAGAUAAAGAAGCAGCUCAUGCACUUGAGUUUUCUGUCAGAUGCAACUUUUUGUUCAUUCUUUUUAUAUUUGUGUGAUUCCAUUGUGUUAGUCCAAUUACACUAAUUGCAACUGUUUAAAAAGUUGCCGAGCUUGAAUAAUGGUCUCAUUAGCUAUUGCUGCAGUUUUUCAGGCAGUUACUAGAAAUGAAUAAUUAUGCAUAAACAGCUGUUGAUAUUUUGAAUUUUGGCUGUAGGGUUCAGGUGCCCAGUCUAUACUAAGUCUACCUCUUUAUACUGGAGCAAAAUGAAAGUGAGACAUAUACAUAUGUUUGUGUGUAUGAUCUCCUAGCAAAAGCUUAACUUAGAAUGUGAAGAAGUAUUUAUUUAAAUAGUGAAAAUAUAGUUUUAUGUGUGAUACUUUGCGAUAAACUGGUGAAAUAUAUUUAUAUUUGAAAUCAUAACACUUACUGGGACAUACUGCUGAUUAUAUGACAUAGCAUUGAAAUAUAGCAAAAACAAGUUUUUCUGCUGUGUGAGAAGAUGUGGUAGCUAGUAUUAAUUUGCGAUAUAUGUAGGCCUUGCAGCCUAGCUAUGUAAUGGAAGUUCCUUCUUCCUCUGCUUAGUCUGCAGUGGUAUUACAAAUAAGGCUGCCACGGUUUCUACCAGUCACUGUAGAUCUAUCUUAAACAGCAGGUUGUGGAGACAUGUGUAGGCAGUCAUGUUUACUGUCUGUGCUGUCAGAAGCUGGUACUUCCCCAGCAGGCUGCCACUAAAGGCAGGCCAUGCCAGGAUUUUUUAAUGGCCCUUUGACAACUUUAAGGGCAAGUUGGAGAGCAUUUCUUCCUUUGUGCUCAUACUUUUGUAAUGCCUGGGGCAGGGGAUUCUUAUGAGGGCCAGGGACUGUUUCUAUAGUUACAUAGAAUCAGAUUUCUGAAUGGAAGGCUCCAUGUUUAACAUAUAUGUUACCAAAGUGUUCAGACCUCUUGAAACUAUUUUUUUCUUGAAACGCUGACUACAUGCUUUAUUUGUACAAAGUCAGUAUGUUGUAACUGAUCAAAUAAGAUUAAUGUGACGGUACGUUUUGGGGGAUAGCCAAGGGAUACAGUUAUUUUUUAUUUUAAACCGAUGUUUUAAACAGGGCAUGUACAGUGUUGAUUGCUCUAACUUUAUAGGUAGAACAUCUUUUGAAGUAGAUUGACAAAAAGAAAUGUGGUUUUGCUGUAAACAUAGUAGGUUCUUGAACACACAAACGCUUCUGACGGUGUAUGCAAAAUGUCUAAUGCCAAACAUUUUAUACAAAGUUACUACAAUGAAGCCUUGGGGCCAGUCUGCUGCAGAGUUCCGAUCUCUUUGGACUUUUUCCCCUGCUACCGUGUUUCCCUGAAAAGAAGACGUACCCUGAAAAUAAGCCCUAAUGCAUCUGUCUUAUUUUCGGGAAACACAGUAGCAAAAUUAAAGCACUCUGAUUUGGCUAACUAGAAAUCACGUGAUCUCUAUAGGAUUUUUUCCUCCCAACAUUCUAUAAAUUUUUUCCAAUUAUUUCCCGUUUUCUUAGAAUUGUACAGUACAAAAGUAUAAAAUCAAGUGGAUUGGGUGGCUUUUGCUGGUGCAAGGACCCUGUUAUGUUAGCAGAACAGAACCUUUGAAUUUUGGUAUCUGCUGAGAUUAAAUUCUGAUCUGAGCCCUGUGUGAGAAUGUUCUUGCAAAGACAUGCCUGAAGCAGUUGCAUGGAGAAAGAAGCUUCAGCUGGCAGUUUUCUUAUUAAUCUAGGGUAGCAGUUGAGAGGAAGGAUUCACAGCAUCUGUUUUUUGUCCAGUAGGAGAUUGGUAGCAUAUACUUAAAUGAAAAUCUCUUCAGUUACGAAGCUGUCUUAUACUGAGAAGAUCAUUGGUCUGUCGAGGUCAGCAUUGUCUACUUUGACUGGCAGUGGUUAGGGAGAGGUAAUUCAAAUCACCUCAUACCCAAUCCUUUUAACCAUAAUUUCCAGGAAUUAAACCUAAGACUUUCUGCAUGCCAUGUGGAUUAAGCAAUGGCCCGUAGGCAGUGUGAAAGAAUUUCCAGACGGUCCAUGCUUCCCAGAUACUUGAGUCUAUAUGACCCUUCACUCCAUCCUCAGUUGUGAAAGUGGCAAAUGCAGAAACCAAUAUAUAGCUUUGUGCUGUAUUUGUGGGACUCCGGCCCUUUCAGCAUGGGCCAAUAAAAGUGGGGGGAAGGCGGGUUACAUGAACCCACCCUUGCCCCAGCCCCUUCGCACGGCUGGCUGACCUGCAAACAGCCAGUUCUUUGGAUGGGGCGCGUGUCUUCACACAAAAGUGCUUCCCCCCUCCCCUGCCUGCAUUUUUCACCAUGCAGGACUGACCACCACCCCAAGACCAUGAUGUGUGGCUCCGCAUAUGGGAGCCAGGGAAGGGAUUUUUGACUAUCGCAUUAUGUGCGAUUCUCUUGUUUUAACGCGGCUCACAGUGCUGCAAACCGUGUUAAAACAAAAGAAUCACACAUAACGUGAUUCUCAAAAAACCCAAGGGGAUGGGAACAUGAAGCAGACCUGUGUUAGGAUUGAUAUGUGUGAAGUUCCCCUCCAACCCAGGUGUUUUACUGGUGUUAUCUUGGUUUAAUUGGCCCGUGUGGAAAGGGCAUCCGGCUUGCAGCCACAGCCCUCUUGGAAGCCACAUGCCAGCAGCAUGCUAUUAAAAGAUUGUUAUACAAGAAGCUUUUACAAGGGUAAUAAUCAUCUGUGAAUUACUCGUGAGCAGCUGUAGCUGAAGAAAACAGCCUGAAAUACUUUGAUGGAAAUCUAGACUAUCUUAUGGGAAAGGAGUUUGUAGGGAUGCACUGUUACCUUGAACUCUGUAGCUUUGAACUGAUAACUCUCGUUAGUGUAAAUUUGUUCCCUUACUAUUACCUUAAUAUUUAUCUCCUUUCAUUCUAACGGCAAGUUAAAGAAAUGAUCAUGAAAUCUGAUCAGAAUAUUUCUAGUGUAUAAAAAUAUGACCAGAUAUUCCAUUGCUUCUAAAAAUCUUUCAUCGUAUUACAAAAAUUACCAGUUGUGCCUGUUCUUAAUUUUCAUGUCUAAUAGAUACUACCAUCCAAACAUUUUGAUCUAACCCAAAUCUGAGACAAAGAGUCCCAUUCAGGGUGGGGGAGGGAUCCACCAGUGGAAGCGGUUGGCCGUUCGCUGUGUUAACACUGUUUGCUGGGAAUUCAGACUUGCUCCCUCUGUUGAGCCCCAUAGAGGCUUCUUGGCAGCAGGGAGGUUUUUUCACUUUUCGAGCCUCUCCGUGCCUCCAGGAAGCCUCAUUGGGGGGUGGCCAGGUGCCCGGUUCUUGGAUGGGGCUGUAAAUUAAAUCUCUGUCCUUCCUAUUUCUUGUAAGAGAAGAAUACUUAAAAAAACAACAACCCUGAAAGGAUGUUCUGGUGUUAAGAAUUAGAAUAUUCUUUCUGUUUAGUGAAGAUGUAAUACUGACAUGUUUAAUUUUGAACUUUAUUGUACAUAGAAUUUUAUUAUGAAUUUUACCCUUUUACAUAUGAGACUGAGAAGCCUUGCAUAAUCAGAACUGCAGAUAUACCCUGUAGGCAGAGCAGGUAUGAAUGGCACAUGCAAUCUACUGUGUACUAGAACAAUGAUUCUAAUUUGUAAAUUUUUUUAGGAAAAUAAAGGUUUCAAAAUAUUUAAACCAGUCAGAGUUUUCUUACUGUUGGCUGAAAGAAAUGUUCAUAUAACUGCUUGAUUUUGGAUUAUGCUUAUUUAAUCUAUGCAAUCAUGCCAGUAUGUUCUGCAACAUUUCAGAUAUGAAACCCUCUAGUUUUCUGUUAAAUAUUUUUUUCCAUUCCUUCACUUCCAUUCUUCAUUUUGCUUUUAUGUCUUGCCUUUUAAAAUAGUGGCAGAGGAAUAACAGGCUUCAAUUCGAAUAGGUUUACAUUUAGUAAAUUUUGUAGAUCAGUAUCUUGGAGAAAAAUACUUUGUACGUUAUCAACUGGAAUAAUUUGCUUGAGCCUUAUAAUUUACUUUCUGGGCGUGUUUCCUUUCUCUUUUUUUGUUACUGUGUCCUGAUGGUUAUCUGUAACUUAAUAUUACGUUUUUGAAAAUAAACUGGAAACUCUAAAUCUGCAAAUUUGAACAGUAUGCAAUAUGGAAUGUUACUAUAAAUACAACAGAUUAAAACUAAUAAAGCUAUUUUACAGUGA